ACAGGGCUGCACAGUGCGCCACCGAGAGUCCACAUCCACUGUCCGAGGGAAAAGGGAGCAAAAGAGCGCUGGGCGAGGGCACGCCGGGGCUGUUGUCUGGUGGGGAACUUUGCUACUGUUAAUCAUCCGAGUCUCGUACAGCUGACUGAGCAAGAAUGUCUAAGGGUCCAGCUGUGGGCAUUGACCUGGGAACCACAUACUCCUGUGUGGGCAUCUUUCAGCAUGGCAAGGUGGAGAUCAUUGCCAACGACCAGGGCAACAGGACCACACCUAGUUAUGUGGCCUUCACCGACACUGAAAGGCUGAUUGGUGACGCUGCCAAGAACCAAGUGGCCAUGAACCCUGCCAAUACUGUAUUCGAUGCCAAGCGUCUUAUUGGUCGGCGGUAUGAUGACCCAGUAGUGCAGUCAGACAUGAAGCACUGGCCUUUCAAGGUGGUGAAUGAUGGUGGAAAGCCCAAAGUGGAGGUGGAGUACAAGGGGGAAAUCAAGACCUUCUACCCUGAAGAGGUGUCCUCCAUGGUGCUUACUAAGAUGAAAGAGAUUGCUGAAGCUUACCUGGGCAAGUCUAUAACAAACGCUGUCAUUACGGUACCUGCCUACUUCAAUGACUCUCAGCGACAAGCCACCAAGGAUGCUGGAACGAUUUCUGGGCUUAAUGUUUUACGUAUCAUCAAUGAACCUACUGCAGCAGCUAUUGCAUAUGGCCUGGAUAAGAAGGUUGGUGGGGAGCGCAAUGUCUUGAUCUUUGAUCUCGGCGGUGGCACCUUUGACGUUUCCAUUCUUACUAUUGAAGAUGGGAUCUUUGAAGUGAAGGCCACCGCAGGGGACACACACCUGGGUGGGGAGGACUUUGACAAUCGCAUGGUCAACCACUUCAUUGGGGAGUUUAAGCGCAAGUAUAAGAAGGAUAUCACCAACAACAAGAGAGCAGUCCGACGCUUGCGGACAGCCUGCGAGAGGGCCAAGAGGACCCUGUCCUCCAGUACGCAGGCAAGCAUUGAGAUUGACUCUCUUUACGAGGGCGCUGACUUCUACACCUCCAUCACCCGCGCGAGGUUUGAAGAGCUCAAUGCCGACCUCUUCCGUGGUACACUGGAGCCGGUGGAAAAAGCCUUGAGAGAUGCCAAGAUGGACAAGUCCCAGAUACAUGAUAUCGUGCUGGUAGGGGGUUCUACCCGAAUCCCUAAGAUUCAGAAACUACUCCAGGACUUCUUCAAUGGCCGAGACCUCAACAAGAGCAUUAACCCAGAUGAAGCUGUGGCAUACGGCGCCGCUGUGCAGGCUGCCAUUCUGGUAGGUGACAAGUCAGAGAAUGUCCAGGACCUGCUACUGCUGGAUGUCACCCCACUGUCCCUGGGCAUCGAGACUGCUGGAGGUGUCAUGACUGUGCUCAUCAAGAGAAACACCACCAUCCCAACCAAGCAGACACAAACAUUUACCACCUACUCCGACAACCAGCCUGGAGUACUCAUUCAGGUGUAUGAGGGUGAGAGAGCGAUGACCAAAGACAACAAUAUUCUGGGCAAGUUUGAGCUGACAGGCAUUCCCCCUGCACCCAGGGGUGUUCCACAGAUUGAGGUGACCUUUGACAUUGAUGCCAAUGGCAUUCUCAAUGUGUCAGCGGUGGACAAGAGCACUGGAAAGGAGAAUAAAAUCACCAUCACCAAUGACAAAGGUCGACUCUCAAAGGAGGAAAUUGAGCGCAUGGUGCAGGAGGCAGACCGCUACCGUGCAGAGGAUGAAGUCCAGCGAGAGAAGGUCACUGCUAAGAACUCUCUGGAAUCAUUGGCCUUCAACAUGAAGAGCACGGUGGAGGAUGAAAAGCUAAAGGACAAGAUCAGUGCGGAGGACAAGAAGAAGAUCAUCGACAAGUGCAACGAGGUCAUUGCCUGGCUUGACAGAAACCAGACAGCAGAAAAGGAUGAAUACGAACAUCAGCAGAAAGAGCUCGAAAAAGUGUGCAAUCCCAUCAUUACAAAGUUAUACCAGGGUGCAGGGGGGAUGCCAGGAGGCAUGCCAGGAGGGAUGCCAGGAGGUUUCCCAGGAGGGUCUGGUGGUGGUGCCUCCUCAGGUCCCACCAUUGAGGAGGUUGACUAGUUGACCAAUGUAAAAGAGGCCAUUCCACUUUACAAACUGCUUUGUCACAUUUCUGUGUGAAUUCUCAAAAUUCUUUUACCUUAUCAAUUAAAAAAAACUUACUCUAUAUCAUCAGUUAAGAUCCUGUAACUUUUAAACAUAUUGAAAUCAAAUAACCACAUCAGAUCAGUGAAAAAUAAGAAGAUCCAACUUUUCAUGUGUCGUUUGCAGCCUGUUUAUGCUUCUUCUUUCCUGCAUAACAUAUAGCAAACAGUAUCCAGUCUAUUUUGAAAUCAUUCAGUUCAACACUAUUCAACAAAGCCUUUGAACAUUGUGCUUGGAAUAUGGUUGGCCUUUAUGAUCAUGAAAUUAAAUAAAGGAGCAAAAAUAUAACAUGCCUUUACAUCA